CUCCGAUCUCGACGCUCGCCCGUCUCGCAUCCAUCCACUCCUCUCCUCCUUUCUCGUCCGAGGCUUCUCGCCCUACCACUCACUCGUCACAAUGAUGUCCGCUCGUGUCGCCCGCGCCGGCCUGCGUGCCACCCAGCAGUUCUCCGUCCCUCGCACUGCCGCCCUGAACGGCCUCAGGACCUAUGCCACCCCGGCCCAGGAGGUCAAGCCUCCUGUGUCCCUGUUCGGUGUCGACGGUACCUACGCUACUGCUCUGUACACUGCCUCGAGCAAGGCUGCCGCUCUCGACCAGACCGCCAAGGCCCUCACCACCCUCGGUGAGACCCUCAAGGCCGACCGCAAGUUGACCGGCAUCAUCUCCGCGCCCACCCUCACCGUCGGCGACAAGCAGCAGAUCGUCCAGGAGCUGCAGAAGCUCUCCGGCGACAAGGGCGACGUCGUCAAGAACUUCCUCGAGGCUCUCGCCGAGAACAACCGUCUCGGCCUGCUGGAGGGCAUCACCGAGAAGUUCGCGACUCUGAUGGGUGCUCACCGUGGUGAGAUCGAGCUGAACAUCACCAGUGCUCAGGAACUCGACAACAAGACCAUCAACCGUCUCGAGAAGGCCGUCGCCAAGUCCGAGUUCAGCCAGGGCAAGAAGCUCAAGGUCGUCUCCAAGGUCAACCCCGACCUCGUCGGUGGCCUCGUCGUCGAGAUCGGUGACCGCACCAUCGACCUUAGCGUUUCGUCCAAGAUCGCUAAGCUGAACAAGGCCCUCACCGAUGCUUUGUAAAUUAGAAAUAUCUUCCGAUCCCCUUUUAUACGCCCAUCAACCCCCCCCUUGUAACCCGUACCUUCUACCCAGUCCCGCACACUUUUCUUUGAAAGUACCUGACUUAGCAUGAACUCGUGUUCUGGAGAUAUGAAUAGACAGAAUUGAGUUGAUAUCUUUAUACA